CUGCCGCUGAGGAGGAUGCGGUCCUUGAGGCUCCAUCCCGGGGCGGCCCAGCGCAGCAACCGGAUGCAGAGGAUGAAGAGCCCCGGGAAGAAGGCGGAGGCGAGGGCCAGCGUCCGCCACAUGGGGACGAGCGCGUUGUCUCCCGCCGCCGCUUGUCAACAGCCGGCCGGGCGGCGGGAGAGCCCGGCUCGGCUCGGCUCAGCCCAGCCCGGCUCCGCUGGGCUCGGUUCGGCUCGGCUCGGUUCGGCUCGGCUCGGUCCGGACCAGCCCCGCCGCUGUCGGGACGCGCCCCGCUCCGCCGGGCGGAGGCUCCGCCCCCGUCCGACCAAACCCCGCCCACUCUGGGGCCACGCCCACACAUGCACCGCCUCAUUAUUCAAGCCCCGCCUCAUUAUUCAAGCCCCGCCCCUCGGCCCCGCCCCGCCCGCUGCCGGCGGAAGCGGCGCCGCCAUGGAGGAGGACGAGCCGGAGCUGGAGGCCGGGCUGGAGGCGGCGCUGGAGCUGGCGCCCGCCGUGCAGGCCGCCAUCGAGCAGGUAUUUCCCAGUCAAGAUCCACUGGACAGAGCAGAUUUCAAUGCUGUGGAGUAUAUUAAUGCUCUCUUUCCCACUGAGCAAUCUUUGGCAAACAUCGAUGAAGUCGUGAACAAGAUCAGAUUGAAAAUAAGGAGGUUGGAUGACAACAUUCGAACUGUGGUGAGGGGACAGACCAACGUGGGACAGGAUGGCAGGCAGGCCCUGGAAGAAGCCCAGAAAGCCAUUCAACAGCUCUUCGGUAAAAUUAAGGAUAUUAAAGACAAGGCUGAAAAAUCUGAACAAAUGGUGAAGGAAAUCACCCGGGAUAUCAAGCAGCUGGAUCAUGCCAAGCGCCACCUGACCACCUCCAUCACCACCCUCAACCACCUGCACAUGCUGGCAGGGGGGGUGGAUUCCCUGGAGGCUAUGACCAGGAGGAGACAAUAUGGGGAAGUUGCCAACCUUCUCCAAGGUGUCGUGAAUGUGUUGGAGCACUUCAACAAAUACAUGGGGAUCCCUCAGAUUCGACAGCUCUCUGAAAGGGUGAAGGCAGCGCAGAGCGAGCUGGGGCAGCAGAUCCUGGCUGACUUCGAGGAAGCCUUUCCUUCUCAAGGUACAAAGAGGACUGGUGGGCCCAGCAAUGUCCUACGUGAUGCCUGCCUGGUAGCCAACGUCCUGGAUCCCAGGAUCAAACAGGAAAUCAUCAAGAAAUUUAUUAAACAGCACCUCUCCGAGUAUCUGGUCCUUUUCCAGGAAAAUCAAGAUGUGGCCUGGCUGGACAAGAUCGACCGGCGCUACGCGUGGAUCAAGAGGCAGCUGGUGGAUUACGAGGAGAAGUACGGGCGCAUGUUCCCGGCAGAGUGGUGCAUGACGGAGCGCAUCGCCGUCGAGUUCUGCCACGUCACCAGGGCAGAGCUCUCUAAGAUCAUGCGCACGCGGGCGAAGGAGAUUGAGGUGAAGUUGCUUUUGUUUGCAAUUCAGAGAACAACCAACUUCGAAGGGCUCCUGGCCAAGCGCUUCUCAGGCUGCACCCUUGCUGAUGGCACAGUGAAGAAGCCAGAAGUGCCACCUCCCUCCACCAACCCCUUUCUGGAGGAUGAAACUGGGCCAGAGGCAGAUGAGAUUGUGAUGGAGAAGAGUGAUACGGACAAACCAAAGAAGCCAAAGGUCCCUGACAAUCCUUUCCAUGGCAUUGUUUCCAAGUGCUUUGAGCCUCACCUUUAUGUGUAUAUCGAGUCCCAGGACAAGAAUCUGGGCGAGCUGAUUGACAGGUUUGUGGCUGACUUCAAGGCUCAGGGUCCCCCCAAGCCCAACGUGGACGAAGGAGGAGCUGUCCUGCCCAGCUGUGCUGACCUCUUUGUGUACUACAAGAAGUGCAUGGUGCAGUGCUCCCAGCUCAGCACUGGGGAGCCCAUGAUUGCCCUGACCACCAUCUUCCAGAAGUACCUGCGGGAAUACGCCUGGAAAAUUCUCUCUGGAAACCUGCCCAAGACAACCAGCAGCAGUGGUGGGCUCACCAUCACAAGUCUGCUGAAAGAAAAGGAAGGCUCUGAAGUGGCAAAGUUUACUUUAGAGGAGCUCUGCCUCAUUUGCAGCAUCCUAAGUACUGCAGAAUAUUGCCUGGCCACCACCCAGCAGUUGGAAGAGAAGCUCAAAGAAAAAGUGGAUGCAAGCCUAAUGGAGAGAAUCAACCUGACAGGAGAGAUGGACACUUUCAGUGUUGUGAUCUCCAACAGCAUCCAGCUGUUAGUGCAGGACCUGGAUGCAGCCUGUGACCCUGCCCUGACUGCCAUGAGCAAGAUGCAGUGGCAGAACGUGGAGCACGUCGGUGACCAGAGUCCUUAUGUCACCUCGGUGAUCCUCCACAUCAAGCAGAAUGUCCCCAUCAUCCGUGACAACCUGGCCUCCACCAGGAAGUAUUUCACCCAGUUCUGCAUAAAAUUUGCAAACUCCUUCAUUCCCAAGUUCAUUAACCAUCUCUUCAAGUGCAAACCUAUCAGCAUGGUGGGUGCAGAACAGCUGCUGCUGGACACUCACUCUCUGAAGAUGGUUCUCCUGGAUCUGCCCUCCAUUGGGUCCCAAGUGGUGAGGAAGGCUCCUGCCAGCUACACAAAGAUAGUGGUGAAAGGCAUGACUCGGGCUGAAAUGAUCCUGAAGGUGGUGAUGGCUCCACAUGAGCCCCCAGUUGUGUUUGUGGACAAUUACAUCAAGCUCCUCUCCGACUGCAGCAACGACACAUUCCAGAAGAUCCUCGACAUGAAGGGCCUGAAGAGGAGCGAGCAGAGCAGCAUGCUGGACCUGUUCCGCCUGCGCCUCCCCGCGCCCCCACCCGGCGGGGACGGCGCCGCCCUCGCGCUCAGCGCCCCCACGCCCGAGCAGGAAUCCUCCCGCAUCCGAAAGCUGGAGAAGCUCAUCAAGAAGAGGCUCUGAGGGGCUCGGCGCUGGCAGGGCCGGGGAUUUACAGUGCCUGCCAGAUCUCCCGGCGCUGUCCUCCCCAUCUUGUGAGCUCAGAGCGAGGAAGAGCCUCAGCAAGGUUUUUGCCCUCAGCUUAGCAGGAGGGAAGCCCAGGACACUGCCAGCUCCAGUGGUGGAGAAAGGAGAGGCAUCUGUACAGACACAGUUCGGGUGGAUUCAGAGGCUGCUGGCUGUGAUACACUUGGUGUGGCAGCUCUUGCCCUGGCUGAGCUCCUGCUGCAGCACUGAGGGUUUUGCCUCAGUUCUGCGUUGCUGCUCACUCCCUGCUGCAGAGCUGUUCCUCUGAUUCAUUAUUUAUUGUGGUGUGGGGGGAACCAACCCCAAACCAUCACCUCCACCAAAACCCCGACCCUCUAACAGCUGGGAUCUGGCAUCUGCAGCUCCACUGAAUGAGUGAGAUGCCCAGGAGGGCACCCCGAGGCAGGCUUCUCCCCUGCUCCCAGGACAGGCAUGCAUAAAGCACCGUGAAACAGAAAGGAAAAUCCUUUUCAGAACAGGAGGAAAGGGCUGAAUUAAUUCCUUCUGCACCUUGGCAAAGCUCCUGCCAACCAGCUGGCAGCCUUGGCUGCUGUUAGAGCUUAAAGGCCAAGCAGGACAUGUGUGGAGCCCUCUCCAGCUGCUUGGUAUUUCCCUGGCGUGUGCAGGGCUCGCCCGCUGUCCCCAGUGGGAGUUCCCAUCCUUCCUGGCCACAUCUCUCCCUCUUUUCCACAAAGAGCCCUUCAUGGAGCAAGUGUCAGACUGCUCCAGCCCCUCAUGCUCACUCCAGCUGGCGUGUCCCCACAAGGGAUGUGUCACCUUGGCACCUCUGCUGCCCUGCAAGGAGAGGUGCUGGAAAAGUUGGCUCUAUCAGGGAGCCAGGGCUUCAGCAGCCUCAGGCUUUCAGGGCCUCCUCCUCCUGCUCCUCUGAGCUUCAGCUUGCAGCAGUGCGGAGGGGAGGAGGACCAGCAGUGAAAUAUUUUGGAUAACUCAGGCCCCUCUUGCCAUGGCCCAGCCCCUGGCUCCCAGCCACAGAGCCAGCGUGGAGCAGGGUUGGGAUCAGUGGGUGCUUUCCAAGGAGUCUCCGUGCAGGGAGGCAUCACCUUCUCCUUAGCACUGCUGGAUUUCUUCCCAAACUCCUCUGUGCCCUUUCUGGGAGACCUUGAAGGCAUCUGCCCAGCCAUGAGUGAGUCCCACAUGGGUGUAGGGCAGAUCAGCCAGUCGUGCCUGCGUUAUUUAACUUCACUUGCAUGUGCAGGAAGGAGAAGUCCUGUACCAGAGAGGCAGGUGAGGAACAGCCGUGCUGCCAGACGCCUUCCUGGGAGGGCUGGGCUCCUCACCAGGGCACGUUUGGGCCUUAGGACUGUAUUUAUUUAGGGGCUGUGCACACAGGGAUUGUAAAAAUCACUGCUGCACAUCAGUGAAGGAGGCUCAGACUCCAGGAAUGUGAGCUCCAUCCACCCACACCCAGAGCUUCACUGGGAUGGGGAGUGCAGAGCAGCAGCAACACCUGUGGGGAGGGACAGCAGCUUCUCAUCACUCCAGUUCUACAAAUCUGCUGUUGCCUCAUUUACUUCCUCUCCUGAUUCCCUGCUAGGUGGCAGAGGAAGCACAUUGGGAUUCUGAGCAGCCUUUCCCCAAGGACAGAUUAUGUCAAGGUGCACGUGCAGGAUGCCUCACGAGCUACCACGCUGCAGAGCUGGAGAGGAGGGAACAGGGGUUUGCAGAGAUUCAUUAUUCCCAUGAGGGGAUGAAUAAUUUAUUUUAGAUGAAUUUUUCUUUGCUUUGUCUCAGGCUAAGUCUCUCACUGAAUUACGAAUAGCUGAAGACGAUGUUGAAGUUAUCAUUGUGUGUCUUACCCAAAGGCUUCUCCCAUUUCAUUCUCUGCAUUUCAUUCCGUAGAUAAGAGGAAAUAAAAGGAGAAAUGAAUUUUUCGUUCCAGCCUUUGAAGAACGCCACAGGGCCGGGUGUUUUUUGGAAUUCCACUUUCAGAGAACAGAUCCGCAGUUUUCUACUUCUGGUGUAAGAGUUUUGUGCCCCUGGCUCUUGGGUGUUUAUUAGAUUUGGCAGGUCUCUAUUUGUGCAUUAGCUCUUUGGAGUUUACAGCUUUGGGGAAUAAAUGAUGAUUAUGUGUUUUCUGUACAAAAAUGCCACUUUUUAUGGUUUCAGGCCGGGGUGUAAUUCUGCCUGUACGUGGGGUGUGACACUAAAAUGAAUUAAACGCUUACUGAUGCUCA